AUGAACACAUAGAUUAGAUUAAUAAGACCUCCAGUUCCAAAAUUUAAUUUAAAUGUAUUUGAAACCAGCAAUCUUCAUAUUAUUCCAAUUGAGAAAUAAAUAAAAGAUUCCAAAUGUAAUCCGACUUCUUUAGAUAAUAACAAUUCUGAUACUUCAUCUUGGAGCAGCCAGGAAUGUAAUUUUGAUAGAAAAAAACUAUCAGCAAUUGUUGAAGAAAUGAAAAACGUAAUAUCUAUUUUGGGGUUGAAUGAAGAUUUAUUAAAAAUUGCUAUACAACUGUUUUAACCUCAAUUGUUGUCUGAACUAAAAUAAAAAAAAUACACACCCAUCGCUAUAGCAAUUGCUGGCUUAAUUUCUGUCAUAAAAUUAACGUGCAUCCCUAUUACUCAAAAAAAAAUUUUUGCUAAAAUUUCAGUUUCAAAAUAUUUAAUUAAAAAAAUAUUGCUCAAGAUCCGAAACAAUAACAAAUUUGAGUCUGUUGUUUAAGUUUUUAUUAAAAUCAUCUCAUAUAAUUUGGGAUUUAAUGAAAGAUUCAUUAAAUUCUCUGUUCAAGUUUUUAAGAAAAUUCAAUAGAAUAAUUUAAUUCAAAAAGAACGUGAGAAUGUAAUUGCAGCUGCAAUAGUCAAGUAUAGUGGAGACAUUAUUUUUGUUCAUAGGGGUGGGAUCAUACCCUCAGUGAUUGCUCAAUAAGCAAAAUGCAGUGUUGGUACAUUUAGGAUGUUUUACAAAAAGAUAUAUGAAAACUUCUCAUUUUCAAGUAAAAACUGA